UUUGUGGAGUGUCAAAGUUUAUAAUUUCAGGUCGUAAUCUUAAAAACUAUUCUUUAACUAUUUAUAUAUAUAUAUAUAUAUAUUCCUCUUCUUUCUAAUUUAAGUAAUGUAUAUUGGUUUGUUUGUUGUGGUGUGUCUAUUAGUUGGUUCAUUUUUUUUUUUUACUGUGGUUUUGUUUGAUUGACAUGGGUAGACACAGUGGUUUUUUGGGAUUUUAUUAGGGUUGAAGAGAAUUUUGAUUCUUUGUUUGCAUGUCCAAAUCACAUGGGGUAUAGAAUUUGACUGAUAGGACAUGGACUUUGGUGUGUUUGAUCUUCUGGGUUUGUAACUUUGACUAUUUAUGAUAUAUAAACUCAUAAAAACACCAUAGUAUUUACAUACCCACAACAAAGCUCUUGGUCUUCCUUUCUCCUUGGAUAUCCUCUCUCAUCCAAGAAAAUUCUAUCUUUAUUAUUUUUUUUCCCCCCUCUAGCUUGCUGAAAAAAAAAAAAAAUUACCCAUUUUAUCUCUUGGGUUUAAUUUUCUAGUUUGAGUAUUUAAAGGUCCAUAAAAAUUUAGUACAGGAAAUGGUUGGUCUCCACUCUGUUUCUAGUCUGGACAACUUGUUUUGCUUGCUGUUGAAGAAGAAAGAACAACUUGCGGUUCUUGCUGCACUAAAAGGGAAGGUUUUAUAAAUCAAAUAAGUUGUUUUUUUUUUUUUCCUUUUUUUUUUUAUCUGAUUCAAAUACUUUGACAAAGUAUCUGAUGAAAAACACAUAAGAAGAAAAACAAGAAAGAAAGAAAGAAUCAAUCAUGAAGUUUAUGAAACUUGGAUCUCGACCAGAUACUUUCUAUACUACUGAGGCUGUGAGGGCAGUCUCCUCUGAAGUCUCUAGUGAUCUAAUAAUUCAAGUCAAGGGAAGCAGAUAUUUGCUUCACAAGUUUCCUCUGCUGUCCAAGUGUUUGCGCCUACAGAGGCUAUGUUCUGAAUCUCCUGAAUCCUCACAGCACCAAAUAAUACAACUCCCUGAUUUCCCAGGAGGAAUUGAAGCAUUUGAAAUGUGUGCAAAAUUUUGCUAUGGUAUAACCAUCACCCUCAGUGCUUACAACAUUGUCUCGGCUCGAUGCGCCGCAGAGUAUUUGCAGAUGACAGAGGAUGUGGAGAAGGGGAAUCUGAUAUACAAAAUUGAGGUUUUUUUUAACUCUUGCAUACUUCAUGGGUGGAGAGACUCCAUUGUGACACUACAAAGCACAAAAGCUUAUGCCUUGUGGUCGGAGGACCUUGGAAUCACUAGCAGAUGCAUUGAAGCAAUUGCUUCAAAAGUGUUAACACAUCCCUCAAAGGUGAGCUUGUCUCAUAGUUAUUCACGACGCGUUAGAGACGAUGUGUCUUGCAAUGGAGCUGAGAGCCAAAGACACAAACCAGCAACAAAAGGUUGGUGGGCUGAAGAUAUGGCAGAAUUGGGUAUAGACCUUUAUUGGAGGACUAUGAUAGCAAUUAAAUCUGGUGGAAAGAUACCCUCCAAUCUCAUAGGUGAUGCCUUGAAAAUAUAUGCUUCAAGAUGGCUACCAAGCAUACCAAGAAAUGGAAUUACCAAUAACCACGGUUCAUCAGAUUCGGAUUCAGACUCAGCCAGUGAGGUAUCUUCUAAGCAUAGGUUGCUCUUGGAGUCAAUAGUAAGCUUACUUCCAGCAGAGAAGGGUGCUGUUUCUUGCAGUUUUUUACUCAAACUCCUCAAGGCAGCUAAUAUUCUACAUGCUUCUUCUUCUUCGAAAAUUGAAUUGGCAAGAAGAAUAGGACUUCAAUUAGAAGAAGCAACAGUCAGUGAUUUGUUAAUUCCUUCUGUGUCCUACAAAAGUGAUACGGUGUAUGAUAUAGACAUAGUUUUAACCAUCUUGGAACAGUUCAUGUUACAAGGGCAGAGUCCCCCAACUAGCCCUCCAAGGUCCAAACUUGGUUUCGAAAGGAGGAGAUCUCGAUCAGCUGAGAAUAUCGAUUUUGAUUUUCAAGAAAGUAGGAGAUCUUCUUCAGCAUCACAUAGCGCAAAAUUGAAGGUGGCAAAACUUGUAGAUGGAUACCUUCAAGAGAUUGCUAGAGAGUCAAAAUUAUCUCUAUCAAAGUUCAUUGCUCUAGCCGAAACCAUACCGGAUUUCGCAAGGCUUGACCAUGAUGAUCUCUACAGAGCAAUUGACAUUUACCUCAGGGCACACCCAGAACUCAAUAAGAGUGAAAGGAAGAGGUUAUGUAGAAUCCUAGAUUGCAAAAAACUGUCUAUGGAAGCCUGCAUGCAUGCUGCACAAAAUGAGCUACUCCCACUAAGGGUGGUGGUCCAAGUUCUCUUCUUUGAGCAAGCCAGAGCUGCUAUGGCAGGUGGCAAAGUGACUGAACUGCCUAGCAACAUAAAGGCACUUCUAGCCACACACAACAUUGACCCGUCGAAGCCUCCACCACCAUUAAGCACCACUACUUCCAUACAAGCAGAUGAUCAAUGGAGUGUCUCAGGCCUUAAAUCACCAAAAUCAAGGAUGUCAACUUUAAGAAUGAAGCUGGCUGAAGAUGAUGAAUUGGAUGAAAAUGAAAUACACCCGGAUGGAAUUGUGAGAAGUUCUAAGCUUAAGGCUAUUUGCGCUCUUCCAACUAGACCCAAAAGAAUGUUCAGUAAGUUAUGGUCCACAAACAGAGCAGCCAGUGAAAAGAAUUGAGUGAAUUUUGUUGACUUUCUGGUUGGGUAUGGUAAUCUAAAGGGUAACAUAUACUCUGCCUUUUCUUUUUUCAAUUUUUUUUUUUCUUUUGUUGUUCCCACUUUAUUCUUGCUAAAUCCCCUGUAACUUCUAGGAAAAAAAAAGGAAGAUUAAGAAUCCCAAUGCGCAUUGUCGAUGUAAUCUAUUAUAAUAAGAAACAAGAUUUUCAGGAUAUGAGAUGGAAAAUCUCUUGCUGAAGCUUUAUUAGUUGUAAAUGAGUAAUUGUGGGACCAAUUUUGUUGUGUU